AUGGGCUCCCCGGAGGACGCGGGCAAGGCGCCGGCGUACCGAGUGGACCACCUGCUGAGCGCGGUGGAGAGCGAGCUGCAGGCGGGCAGCGAGAAGGGAGACCCGACGGAGCGCGAGCUGCGCGUGGCGCUGGAGGACGGCGAGCUGUGGCUGCGCUUCAAGGAGCUCACCAACGAGAUGAUCGUCACCAAGAACGGCAGGAGGAUGUUCCCGGUGCUGAAGGUGAGCGUGUCGGGGCUGGACCCCAACGCCAUGUACUCCUUCCUGCUGGACUUCGUGGCGGCAGACGGGCACCGCUGGAAGUACGUGAAUGGCGAGUGGGUGCCGGGCGGCAAGCCGGAGCCGCAGGCGCCCAGCUGCGUCUACAUCCACCCUGACUCGCCCAACUUUGGCGCCCACUGGAUGAAGGCGCCCGUCUCCUUCAGCAAGGUCAAGCUCACCAACAAGCUCAACGGCGGAGGGCAGAUCAUGCUGAACUCCCUGCACAAGUACGAGCCCCGCAUCCACAUCGUGCGGGUGGGCGGCCCUCAGCGGAUGAUCACCAGCCAUUCCUUCCCCGAGACCCAGUUCAUCGCUGUGACGGCUUACCAGAACGAGGAGAUCACAGCUUUAAAAAUUAAAUACAAUCCAUUUGCGAAGGCAUUUCUUGAUGCAAAGGAAAGAAAUGAUCACAAAGAAAUGAUGGAGGAAGUGGGAGACAACCAGCAGUCUGGAUACUCGCAGCUAGGUAGUUGGCUUAUUCCUGGGACUGGGGCUCUGUGCCCACCUGCCAAUCCUCAUCCUCAGUUUGGAGCAGCCCUGUCUCUCUCCCCUGCUCACAGCUGUGAAAGGUACUCACCGCUGAGGAAUCACCGUUCUGCCCCCUACCCCAAUCCCUACACCCAUAGAAACAACUCACCAACAGCUUAUGCUGAUAACUCCUCUGCCUGCCUUCCCAUGCUCCAAUCCCAUGACAACUGGUCCUCUCUGGGAGUUCCCACACACACAACUAUGCUGCCCAUGAGCCAUAGCACUGGCACUGCUACCAGCUCCAGUCAGUACCCAAACUUAUGGUCUGUGAGUAACAGCACCAUCACCCCAGCAUCUCAGUCAGGCGGGAUGUCCAACGGCCUGAGCUCCCAGUUCCUGCGCGGCUCUCCGGUGCACUACACCGCUCUCCCACAUUCUGUCACUGCCACCACCUCCACAUCCCCACUGUACGAUGGAGGAGCACCUGCAGACCUUCCUGACAGCCAGUACGAUGCCUCCGCACACAGUCGGCUGGCAUCCAUGUGGACGCCCAUCACCCCACCUUCCAUGUAAACCCAGACGUCUACUUUUAGAACUGACUUUUUUAGCUACUGAAUUACUUUUAAUGCUUAAUCCUCAAGGAAGAGGAAGAGGAGACAUGAAGGAAAUUAUAGAUAAAGCAUCUGCACUGCUUUGCGUAGAGCAUCCGAGUUGUGUCUCUGAUAGUGAACAGACCAUCAUUAACUUCAUGCAGAGUUUACAAAUCUGGUGAGCGUGCAAUUCUGAGAGCAGGUCUACUGCUUUUCAUUCUUUUUUUUUUUUUUCUAGCUUGAUAGGUCUAAUUUUUAAGAUUUUGACUUAGGUUCCAAAUUUCUCAAUGUUCUGAUAUAUUUGGACCUGAAGUUUGGCAUCUGAACAACUUUCUUGAGUAAGUUACUCCUUAUUAUUUUUUUUUCCUCUUAAUGGCAAACCUAGGAAUAGCCAUAUUAGACUGUUAUUAACCACCUAGGUAGAAGCAUUCUGAAUUCUGCACAAGUGUAGCUGAGGAUGAAAGUUUUUGGAAAAUCAUGUGCACUAAUGCGUAUUUGUCUCACGGAUACGUUGUGUUCUUAACUGUAUGCUUGUUUCCUUGCUGCUGAGUUAAUGUUGAGACAAUCUGCAAAAACUGUUUUCCUCCUAAUAAAUUACAGUAUUAUCAUUUGGUCUAAAUUGUUUUACCCCAAAGAUUCCUUUUCAGGGUAAGUUUUGCUGUUUGAUCAUAUUCAGACACCUGUCAGCUUUGCUAAAUAUCUUUAUUUCAAAAAGCCAGUGUCUAAUGUGAAGUCCUAUCCAAAACCAUUUCAACUCAUUGAAAAACAUCACGAUCUUUUAUGAUCUCUUGCUCAGGCCUUAAAGGGAGGGAAUUCAAUACCUGGAGAAUCAUUCUAAUAUAUAUUUUUUUUCAAUGUUAUACUCUGUUGAAUUGUAUUUAUUAUUUCUUAAGUUGCAUCUUUGUUGUCUACACAUUAAGAUAUGUAAAUAAUCUGUCAAUCUGCAGUGUAUUUCUUUAGACAAUGAUGUGUAGGAUUUGUCACCCAGUGGCACAUUGAACAACAUGGGUGUCAGUAGUUAAAUUAUUGUGAGGGGGAAAACUUUAGUCCCCGAUAGCUGGAGAAAAAGUGCAGAUAUACUAAGCUUUAAAAUACAUUGCUUGACUUGCUGGGAUGGCCAGGUCUUGAUAAAACACUUGAUAAAACAAGACGACUUAAAUUUCUAACGCAGACUAACUCAUUGGCACAAAGGGUGCCCUUGGACUUGUCUGUUUCUCCCACUACCUGGCAAGUUCAGAUCCUGAGGAGAAUGGUUUGUUCUACAUAAGCCAUAGGAGAUAACUUUUAAAACGAAGUGCCUAAUGUACUGGAGCAAAAGUUUUAAAUCAGGGAAUUCCUUAAUAACUCUUCAUUGUGUGCGCAUGAGCUAUGGUGGUAGCUUUAAGCAGAAGAUGACAAUAUUUGCCACCAUGUCAGUCUCCUUGGAACCUCAUGGGCAGGUCCCUGUACCCAGAAGGAUUGUGUCAGGGUUUUUACCCUGCAGAAGGAUUUGUGUGCAACUGCAGACUACGGUCUCUCAGAGGUACUCCAUCAAGAGACUGCACCAGCAGCAGAUAGCUGUGCAACCGUGUUCUCUGUCAAUAGUGUAAAUAUUGGUCUAAGCUCUCCUAUUUUAUUGUGAAAGGAAAUUGUGUAUAUGAUGU